CCAUGCUUUUGGGGCGAUGCAGAGCGGCUGAUGGCGGCCUCUGCAAUGGUGUCUGGGUGUCGGGCAGAGGUGGCCGCAGCGCAAGAAUUUAACGCUCUCAGAAGUAUACUGUGGAACCAAAGAAGGCAAAACCACCAAGGGUCAUCUGAAAUUGUGCUUGGCUCACUGAUAAUCCCCGGACAAAAUUAGAGAUCACUACUCAAGCAUAAGCUGACCCCCCCAGUGUUCCUAAGACUGCUACAAAGAUGUUUGAUAUAAAGGCUUGGGCUGAGUAUAUUGUGGAAUGGGCUGCAAAAGACCCAUAUGGGUUCCUUACAACAGUUAUUUUGGCCCUUACUCCACUGUUCCUAGCAAGUGCUGUACUGUCCUGGAAAUUGGCCAAGAUGAUUGAAGCCAGGGAGAAGGAACAAAAGAAGAAACAAAAACGUCAAGAGAAUAUUGCAAAAGCUAAAUGACUCAAAAAGGACUGAAGGAAUGUAUAGGCUCUGUAACCAGAGAAAAAUCAUUUGGAAAAUUAUGCAGCUUUGGAAGGACUCACUAAGGUUUCUUUGGAUUUCAUGAUAGUAUUAUUUAGUAUGAAAUCUGAUCAUGUAGAAGAAUCAUGUUUUGACCUCCAUACUGUAGUUUUAGGCUUGGGUACCGAAGUUUGUAGGUAUCUACUGGCAGUUAUAAAUAAGCAUACAUACAGGUUGAGCAUCCCUAAUCAGAAAUUCUCAAACUUGGAAUGCUCCAAAAUCCAAAUUUUUUUGUGCACAAACAUGAUGCCACAAGUGGAAAAUUGCAGUCAAAACACAAGUAUGCUAAAAAUAUAUAAAAAUACCACAUAAAAUUACUUUCAGGCUAUACGAAACAAAUGAAUUUUGUGUUUAGACUAAGGUUCUGUCCUCAACACAUCUCAUUAUGUAUAUGCAAAUAUUUCAAAAUCUGAAAAAAAUCAAACACUUCUGGUCCCAGACAUUUCAGAUAAGGGAUACCCAACUUGCAAUACAAAUUCUUCAUAGGUGAUUAAGUUAUUUGCCAUUUUGCAGCUUUUGUACUGAAAUGAUUAUGGAGAAAUGAGUUUAGAUUGUGAACUUUAUUCAAAUAGUGGCUUAAAAUGGGAUCCUGUUCUGAACAAAAUAUGUUAAGAAUAUAAGACAAUUAUCCUUUCUGAGGUGAAAAGUUUGUUCUUAAAGGAGAUACAGUAUAUUAAUCACAUCUUUUAUCAUUAUUGCUUAUUCCUUGGAAUGUACUCAUUUUUGGAUUUCUCAAAGUAAAAUA